AUGCAACGCAGCUGGUCCACCGAUUCUGUCUCGUCCAUCCCCGAGCAAUCGCUCCCCGAUCCGUCACGUCUGCGCAGGGCUGCGCGUAGGCUCUCGAAUCAGGCUCCAGCUCAGGGCGCUCGAGAAUGGAGGAAAUCACGGCUUCAUCACUCCAACGUGAACGCCACCUCGAACGGCAAUGCCAAUGUCAACAGCCCCAGCAACGGCGCCAACGCCGAUACGCUCUCCUACCCGCUCGCCAAUGCCAAAGCCGGUCCUUCUUCGCGUAGACUAAGUCAUGGCGUCGGUGGCGCUUCUACAGCCCAGCAAUCCAAAUCUGGCAAUAUCCGCAGGCGCAACAUACUCGAUUCGGCUGCUUCAACGUCUGCGUCCAGACACGGUCGACUUCAUUCGUACGCUGCCUCUCCGCCUACCUCGUCUCCACAGCCUGCCUCGUCACCAGCUUCUAGCCUCUCAGCCGGGCCCACCGCCUCGGGAGAUGUCUCGGGAUCCUCCACCGACCGACCGACGCGCAGGCAUCGCUCCGACACCGUGACGUCCAAGGACGCCUACUCGGCUGACCCCUCUGCCGACAAUGGCGGCGGAUACUCAUCCAGCAGCGAAGACCAUUCCUCGGGCUCCGAUUACGAGCCCUUCGAUUGGGAUGUCGGACGCAAGCGACACAGCAGCGACCGUCCCCGCUCCACAGCGCUCGAUCACGCUGGCCAUAGAACAUUCGCCAAUUCAGCCACAUCCAGCAACGGCCAUUCGGCAGCCUCCGCAACCGCUGCUGCAUGGCGCGCUUCUACUUCCACCCCUCCCCCUUAUCUCGCCGUCCCUGGAUCCGGUAGUGAUUUGCGGUCGACAUCUCGGUCCACCAAGUCCUCCGUGAGAAACACGCUCUCUCCCAGGCGUCAACCUCUCCAUCUUGCCUCCGACUCAUCCGCAAAUGGCCACGCAUCUUCUCGACUGACCUCACGACCCAACCGUAAAUCCAUCUUGUCGCGUGCUCUCGGCGCGGCAGGCCUCCUCUCCUCUUCCACCACAGCUGUCGCCGAAGCGCUACCGGCCUCCGAUCCGUCUCCUCCCGUCGCUGCGCCAAAAACCAGACGUGGCAGUCAGGACAAGACUGUGCGCGGAAACGGCACCACGGCAGCCGGUUCUUCAGCCAAGACAGGCACAGAAGCAGCCCGUUCGUCUUCAGCGUCCAACGCGGCAGGUCCGACGAGCUCCAAGGCAUCGCAUCCGGCAGCGCCCACGCAGUCAUCCAGCUGGAGUCUCGCAUCCAAUUGGAGACGCUUGCGCAUCAACCCUUGCUUGGAGGCUUUGCUCACGAGUCUCGCCUCCUGCAUUGCUUACUAUGGUCUCAAACAACAUCACAAGCGCGAAACCCAGAGCCACGCUGCCGAGGUCGGCUUCGUCACGCUGGCCAGCACACUCUUCUUUUUCCUCCGUGACCCGGAUGAGCAGUCCGCCAUCUGGGCUACCGAUCAUCGCAACUACCGCUCUUGCCGCGAGGACGGCGUCAUCAAUGCUCUCCUGCUCCCGCCGCUGCUCGCCUGCGCUACCCUCUUUUCAGCAAUCCAAGAUCAAGCCGCCGGUCGCAGCAGCGCACGCGCCUCAGGCGAGUCGCUUCCUAAUCCUCCUUGGCUCGUCGAGGGUCCUCCCGUCAUUCUAGGUCACAACCGCAAGCUCGGAGGCGGAAUGACGACGCUCGUUGUGUCGCGCCACUCUCUUGUCAGCAUGAUGUGCUUGACGUCCACCGUCUUGCUCUGCCACCUCCUCGCUACCAAGUGGAUCCGUCGCCCGCACCAGUUUUCAAAAAGCAACUGGACCAAGCUGCGCAGCUUCACCGCCUUUUCAACAGCCUUAGCCAUCGCGCUCGAGCUCGUCAAGGACACGGCGGCACUUUACGGCUUUCCCCUGUGGUCAAAUUUAGCACGUUGGGAAGUCGUGACAGCAGCACUCUUCUAUCAAGCAAACCUGUACACUAUCUCCCGACUGGCUCGCAAGAGCUUCACGUUGGGUGAACUCGGUAUCGUUGCCGCGGUCGGUGUGACGCUCACCAUGGAAACGCUACACCUCUUUGUUGCCAAGUUGCUGCCGGUCACCACCCCCUACGUCAAGACUUUCCGCCGUCCAACACCGCUGCUCAUCUUUCAGCUCGCGCUCAUCGUCGGCACUUUCAUAGUCGGGUUCCUGCUAUCUCCGCUGCUCUACCUCUCGCGCAAUCUGGCACAGAAGCCCACGCAUCGCCUUCGCUGGCCCGAUAAGCGCGAUCUGCACCGUCGUCUGCUGGCCGCCUUCUUUUAUCUGUUUGCCACCAUCUACGUGGUCGGCGUGCUGGGCAUGUGGGUGCGGUGGCUGCUCGUGCGCCGCGAUCCUUGGGUUUGGACUUUCUCCUUCAUGCUGAAAGGUGCAAAGCCAUGGUCACGUCCCGUGCUAGUGUCCUACUGGGUCGUGCUGAUUUCGGUCUCCAUCUCUUGCUGGCAGGCCGUCGUUGCCCGAGCAAAGCGCUUCCGCAGCAUGGGCAACUCUUACCAGCGAACAAUGCUCGGAUUCAAAGUGCCAGUUGGCAUGGCUGCCGCCAACAACUCGGCUGCUCAGCUCAAGCUGCAACAGCAGCAGCAGCAGCAGCAGGAGAUCAACAAUGCCGCUCCCUCCGACCCGGUGGUGGCGGUGUCGCCAAGCUCACACGCACCGGGUGGCGCACAGAUAACGGCCGAGAACAUCGACACAAACGCACCACUGGACAAGAUGGGUGCCACUGCCAAUGUCAGUCACGGCGCGGGCUCAGGCAACGGCAACGCAAUCAACGGCAGCAGCGCGGGAGCAGGUGAAGCUAAGCGCGGCGCAGGAGUCAAUCUGAAGCUGUCGACGCUAAGUGGGAGCGCUUCGCUUCUAGCCAAGGAGCAUAACACCGCUGCUAUCAAGAAGGCUUCCUACCUGUCGCUCAACGCCAGGCGCAAGUUCUUUCACGCGCUCGCCGUGCUGCUCUUCGUUCCCGGUAUCGCGCUCGACCCUGCGCUGACCCACCUGGCGUUUUCGCUGGCGUUCUCCAUCUUCAUCUUUGCCGAGUACGUGCGCUACUAUGCGCUCUACCCGUUCGGAGCCGCGCUGCACGUCUUCAUUUCCGAGUUCCUCGACCACAAGGAUUCGGGACCGGUGAUUCUGUCGCACUUCUACCUGUUGACUGGAUGUGCGGGUCCGCUGUGGCUGGAAGGACAUUCCCGCAUUUUGCAGCAGACGGGUGUGCUGGUGCUCGGGGUGGGAGAUUCGCUCGCUUCCGUCGUCGGGCGCAGGUACGGCCGCACCUACUGGCCUGGAGGAUCGAGCAAGACGGUGGAGGGGACGGUGGCGUUCAUCACGAGCAUCAUGGCGUCCGCUUGGCUGCUCAGGCUGGUCGGUUGGUGCGAGAAGUUCGACUCGAUCAAGUACUUUGCGGUCGUCACUUCGUUGGGGCUGCUGGAAGGAGUGUCGGAUCAGCAUGAUAAUCUGGUGCUUCCGAUCUUUGGGUAUAUUGUUGCGUCGUUGGUUGGAUUGUGA